UUAUCCAAACUAGAGUUUGGUUUCAAGUGUCGAGCCAUGUCUUGUGUCGGGGACCUUCUCCCCGUUUUUAGGCUUUGUUAAGUGGUUUUCCCCGGUUUCUCUGUUUUGUUUGCCAUUUUGAUAAGGGCUUUUGGUCGGGGGCAGUGUCCUCGUCCUAAUUUACGCCCUUUCACUUGAUUUGCGGUGAAAGGGUGGAUUUGAUUACUGUCGAAUUCACUUUAUUUUCGCUGCUUUUCAGGUACUCAAAAUGUCCGACGUGGAGGAAGUAACGGGGAGCCAAGCCACGUCGAAACACAAGCUGGUCGACACUAUUACUGACCCAGAGCUGGCUUGGGUUGCGCCCGAGCCCCGGGGGAUUGCUUCGACGAUUACCGCGCAGGAUCCGCGGCUUUUUACUGUCGUCGAGGAGGCUGGUUCGGAGAACUGGGAGGUUCAUAUGCCCGCCGAAGGGGAGCGGGUUUGUUCGUCGUACGCGGGGUGUAGUUUUACUAUGUACGAGAUGGCGUUCAAAGAGCUGGGAUUUCGGCUGCCCUUCAACGAUCUCGAAGCUGGAAUUUUUGGCCGGCUAAGAGUGGCUCCUUCCCAGCUUCACCCGAAUUCAUUGGCAUUCAUCCGGGCAUACCAGAUCCUAUGUCGGUAUCUGGAGGUAGAGGCUACCGUUGCCUUAUUUUUCUAUAUCUUUCAAAUCCAACGUCAGAGAGUCGGGGAUCGGCAGGGUUGGAUUUCCUUGAAGCAUCAGUCGAGCAAGAUAUUUAGGAUGUUUGUUGAGUCUGCUCGGGGCUUCAAGGAGAGAUAUUAUGUGGUGAGGGCAGUGACAGAGUUUGCCCAAGAUUCCCUGCACAUGGAGAGGCCUGUGUUCAACGAGGACGGGACUCCUCAGAUGGACGAGGAGGGGGGACAGGUGACGGAGUGGGUUCUCCGGUUUCCAUUAUCGUGGUCGUCGGAGCAUUUUGAUUUGCGGACCGACGAGUAUCUAACUGCUGCCGAGGAUCUUACCCCGGCCGAAAUGGCGGGCUUUCAAAAGCUCCAAACAUAUGUGGAUGGCUUUAAGCCUUGCAAGGUCAUGACCAGCUUAGGGGAGGUUGCAUUGGACAAGCAUGGUAAACCGAGGAUCGAGCCUCGUUUUGUUAAUACCAAACUGUUGUUGUCGUGCAAGACUGUUUCAGCCGAGGACACUCUGCUGGGUAGGAUGGCAGAUCUUGCUAGUGAGCUUGUCAGGAUAGCUGCUGAACAGAAGGGAGAGAAGGCUAGGAAAAAGGCGAGGAGGGCCAAGCCAACUAUUUUGAUGGGCGAUCAGGGUGUUUCGGGGAGCGUCUCUCAAUCUUCCCCGGUAGGAAGUUCAGCUGGGACUCCGGGUGGUCGUUCGAAGAGGCAUCGGGAGGAGCAGAUGACGCCCAUCGUCGACUUGUCAGAGGGGGACGGUGGCUUCGUUCUCCCCGCAUGCUUGAGCGACCAGAAAUACUUCGACAAGAAUCCCCUCCAGGUGCCCGCUUCGGAGAAGAAUUAUAUACUGGGCGUUUCUGCAUCUGCCCGACAGAAGCAGCUCAACGAGGAUGUUGCUGCUGUCAUCCGUCUGGCGGAGACAGCCUUGGUGCUAAAUGAAGGGGGACCAACUCACGAGGCGGAGAGGUUGGCUGCUCGGAAUGCCAAGCUGGAAGGGAAGAUUGUGCAGAUGGAAGGGGAGUUGAUUGAUCUCCGUGGCAAGCAGGAGAACUAUGGAAAUUUGCUGGAGGAUGUUCGGUUGACCCGGGAUGAGCUGAAAGAGACAAAGAAAAAGCUCGAGGAUGUGGAGACCCGGGGUGCCGAGGAGAAGAAACAGAUGGAAGAGGUGAUAGCUGACCUACAGUCCAAGCUGGCUCCUGUUGCCGAUGAGGGUGCUGAGAUUUCCAAGAUGGUAAGUCGGGCUGACCUAGUCAAGGAGAUCAAGAGGCAGCGUGGUCUGAUGUUGGCGAGCAUGAUCCAUGGAUGGAAGAAUGCGAUCGCCCAACUUAGGGUUGUGAAUGCCGAGCGUGACCUGAUCACUGAAGGUAUUCACAAACUCAAACGGGUUGAGAACGGGCAGAUCAUCAUUCCCGAAGAGUACAGGGAAAUGGAGCUUGAGGAGGAGAAGCUGGAUGCGGAAGCGGUUGAUGAUGAGGACGAGGAGGAUGAGGAAGUCGAAGAGGAGGUUGUCGGGGAGGAGAGGGUACCAGAGGGCAACCCAGAGGGUCAUGAUGAAAGCUCCUGA